CCCGCGCCCACCCGCACCCCGGCAAGCGCCAGUUCUGACCUGGACGGGGCCGCUGCUAUGCCCGAAGCGCCUCACCACCAGGCGCCGCUCCGAAGUCUAUUGUUUUCGCGUGCACGUCGAGAAACGUCCACACGCCACCAAUACCGCGCAGCCCAGCACCAUGUCCGCCGUGCCUGCUGCUGCCGCGCCGGUGCAGCCCUUUGCCCAGCGCCUGCCCAAGAUCGAAUUGCACGCACACCUCACAGGCAGCAUCAGCCGCGACUGCCUGCACGACAUCUGGGACGCGAAAAUCGCCCAGGAUCCCGCAUGCACUGUCGAGGACCCUCUGACUGCCAUUCCCUCUGACAAGGUUGACUACGACCUCGAGACCUUCUUCCCAUUGUUCUCGUCGUACAUCUACAAGCUGUGCAGCGACCUCCCCAGUAUAGAGUACUCCACACGUGCUGUGUUGCGAGAGUUCCAGGCAGACGGCGUCGUCUACCUGGAAUUGCGAACAACGCCCAGGGCGAUACCUGAGAAAGGCAUCACCAAGGACGAUUAUGUCAGGACCGUUCUGAGCAUUCUAAACGCGUGGAACAAAGAUGAAGCCAACUCCAUGCGAGCCUUUUUGAUCCUUUCUGUUGACCGUCGCAACACGGCCGCUCAGGCUGAAGAGGUUGUGGACCUGUGCAUCAAGCAUCCGUCCGUCGUAGGCAUUGACCUCUGCGGUGAUCCGGCUAAAGGCGAUGUGCAAAUCUUCACAGACGCAUUUGUCAGAGCGAAAUCUGCGGGUCUGAAAAUGACGCUGCACUUCGCUGAAGCUGAGAUCUCUGCAUCUGACACUGAGCUGGAGACGCUGCUGUCGUGGAAGCCAGAUCGACUCGGGCAUGUCAUCCAUGUCAAGGAUGAGUAUUGCAAAGUCAUCGAACGAGAGAACAUUGGCGUCGAACUGUGUCUGAGCUGCAAUGUCCAUGCCAGGAUGAUCACAGGGACCUACAGCGAUCACCACUUUGGCAUGUGGAGACACACGAACGUUCCAGUUGCCCUUUCUACCGACGACGUUGGCGUCUUCUGCAGCCCCCUGUCAAACGAAUACGAGCUUGCCGCACAACACUUCAACCUCAGUCGUGCAGAGAUACAGAGGCUCUGCGUGGGCGCGGUCGACUCGAUCUUCACUGGUGACGUCGAGAAGAAUCGUCUUCGGUCAAUCUACUCCGGGUGGGACGGAUGGACUACCUAAACAUGCAAAUCAAACGUGAAUCGUAGUCGCACCCACGCUUGUCCUAUUGAAAUGUAUUCAAAUGUGUCUAGAUCUGCG